AGGAAAAGUAACUCAAGAAAGGAAAAAACUCAUGGUGGUGGUACACGGUCGGAAGGAGGGGGGGACUCUAUUUUGCUAUUAAUCGGAUCGUCGAGAUUUUGUGACCACAGACUGCACCUGAUAAACUGUCGGCUGAGUUCUUCAGGAACCUACUGCGUGAAUAAAGUUGGAUUUAUUCGACUACGGCGGUGAAGUGCUGGUGGACGAUAUGCAGCGCUCCGUUUGAGAGACCAACGCUGGAGUUUUCGGCACUAGUCCUGCGGGUCCUAACUUAUUUGCUACAUCUUCAUAUUCUCGGAGAACACUUUAUAACGCCGUCAGGUCAUCGUGUGAUAGUUUUGUUAAGUUUUAAACAGUUUUACCGCUGCUCCGUUGAUCAACAGUUAUUUUGAGAGCGAUUCGGGCGCACUGUGUCCUUUAAAAGUGUUGAUUCGCAUGUUCAAACAUGACACCAAAGGCAUAUCGAGAAAGUAGUUUUUAGCCUUUGACGAACACUUGAGAUCAACUGUUCAGGCCGACAUACCAGUUCGCCGUAACCUACGUUUGCUAGUUAAUCUGUGAUUCACCUUUGAUUUUUUUAGCCCGCGUCGGACGCCAGAAGAGAAAGUUGGACUGGGAACUUGUGUCCUAAAUGACUGUUACUGGGAUGGAAACCGUUUCUGCCACACAACAGCCGUUUGUACUAACCUAUGUAGCACAAGAAGGCAGUUAAUGUGCUAUAAAAGGCAUUCAGUUUCUCCGAAGCGACAUUAAUAUUCCAGUUUGUGGGUACGAGGAGAGAGCUCAGCGGCCGCGCUAUUAAAACUGGAUACAAAAUGGCGGCGUCCCUGGGACGAUUUGGAUAUGUUUCUCGUUGUGUUUUUUAUUUAAUUUUGUCGCUCGAACUGUUUAUCAGUAAUGGAUUGAGCUCGGACUUGCCGUGUGCCCAGAACUGUACCUGCAACGGAGAUUCAGUAGACUGUAGUAACCUGGAGCUGACAGCUACGCCUCCGGACCUUCCAGCCCGGACCGUUUCCUUAAAUCUUGGCUACAACAAACUGACCGGCAUCAAUGUUGAAGCUUUUGAAAACCUUUCCAACUUGAGAGAACUGCGGCUGGACCACAAUGAGCUGACCUCCAUACCAGAUUUAGGACAGGCUGCUUCCAAGAUUGUAUCUCUCUACCUACAUCAUAAUAAGAUUCGCAGUAUAGACGGCAGGCGGACCAGAGAGCUGGCUUCUGUGGAAACCCUGGACCUGAGCAAUAAUGACAUCACAGAGCUCAGAGGACAGUGCUUUCCUGCAGGACUCCGAAUCAGAGACCUGUACCUGAGCAACAACAAAAUUAGCGUGUUGGAGCUCGGCGCUCUGGACCACCUGGGCUCAACUUUACAGGUCCUCAGACUGAGCCGAAACCGCAUCAGCCAGAUCCCCGUGAGAGCCUUCCAGCUCCCGAAGCUCACCCAGCUUGAGCUGAACAGGAACCGUAUUCGUCAGGUGGAGGGUCUCACCUUUCAGGGUCUGUCCAGCCUGGAGGUACUCAAGCUGCAAAGAAACAGCAUCAGCAAACUGACUGACGGGGCCUUCUGGGACCUGGCCAAGAUGAAAGUCCUUCACCUGGACUACAACAGCCUUACAGAGGUGAACAGUGGUUCCCUGUACGGCCUGACCUCCCUUCAGCAGUUAUUCCUCAGCAACAACUCUAUAGCUCGCAUCAACCCUGAUGGAUGGAAGUUCUGCCAAAAGCUUAGGGAACUGAAUCUGUCGUACAACAACUUGACUCGUCUGGAUGAAGGCAGUCUGGCUGUGCUGGGGGAUCUCCACACUCUCCGACUGGGCCACAACUCCAUCAGCCACAUCAACGAGGGAGCCUUCAGAGGCCUCAAGGCCGUACGCAUCCUGGAGCUGGACCAUAAUGACAUCUCGGGCACAAUAGAGGACACCAACGGGGCCUUCUCUGGAUUGGACAGCCUCAACAAGCUGACUCUGUUUGGAAACAAGAUCAAGUCAGUGGCCAAGAAAGCCUUCUCUGGCCUGGAGACCCUGGAACACCUGAACUUGGGAGAGAAUGCUAUCCGUUCGAUUCAGCCUGAUGCCUUCAGCAAAAUGAAGAACCUCAAAACCCUUCUCAUUCAGAGCGACAGCUUCCUGUGUGACUGCCAGCUCCACUGGCUGCCUGACUGGUUGGUGACACGUGGUCUGCAGGCAGGUGUCAAUGCCACCUGCGCCCACCCGGAGAGCCUCAAGGGCACCAGCAUCUUCCAGGCUCCGUCCAGCAGCUUUGUGUGCGACGACCUUCCAAAGCCCCAAAUCACCGUGCAGCCAGAAACUUCUGUGACAGUCCUUGGUAGCGAUGUGCAUCUAACCUGUACAGCUGCGAGCAGCAGCUCCUCACCCAUGACCUUUGCUUGGCGUAAAGACCAGGAGUUGCUUCGCCACGCAGAGACGGAAAACUACGCCCAUGUGCGAGCUCACCACCAAGGCACAACAUCGGACAUGCCAGGCGCAGGUGGAGGCGUGAUGGAGUACACCACUAUCCUGCACCUGCGGCAUGUCACCUUCGCACAUGAAGGCCGUUACCAGUGCAUCAUCACCAAUCACUUUGGCUCCACCUAUUCCAGCAAGGCUCGCCUCAUUGUCAACGUUCUCCCUUCCUUCGUGAAGACUCCCAGGGACAGCACCAUCAGGACAGGCCACACAGCGAGGCUGGAGUGCGCCGCAGAGGGCCACCCAGCACCCCAGAUCGCCUGGCAGAAGGACGGUGGCACGGAUUUCCCUGCUGCCCGGGAACGCCGAAUGCAUGUCAUGCCCGAUGAUGAUGUGUUUUUCAUCAUGGACGUCAAGCCGGAGGACAUGGGCGUGUACAGCUGCACUGCCAAAAACACAGCGGGCACCGUCUCUGCCAACGCCACCCUCACCGUACUGGAAACCCCCCACCUGGCCCAGGACCUGGAGGACCGCAGCGUGGUGGUGGGGGACACGGUUGCCUUGCAGUGUAAGGCCCUGGGCAGCCCGCCGCCCCGCAUCACCUGGCUGCGCAACGACCAGCCGCUGCGCCCCUCCGACAGACACCACUUCACCCCCGGGAAUCAGCUGCUGGUUAUCGGGUCUGCGUUGUUGGAGGAUGCUGGCCGCUACACCUGCCUCAUGUCCAACACCCUGGGCACGGAGCGCGCUCACAGCCAGCUGGUGGUGACUCAGCGCCGCAGCACCUGCACACCGCCGGCAGGGCCCAGCACGGUCACUAUAGGAAUCAUAGUCAUCGCUGUGGUGACUAGUAUUGUGGUGACAUCGCUGGUGUGGGUGUGCAUCAUCUACCAGACCAGAAAGAAGAGCGAAGAGUGCAGUGUUACCAACACAGAUGAGACAAUAGUUCCUCCAGACGUACCCAGCUACCUCUCCUCCCAGGGUACGCUGUCCGAGCGGCAGGAUGUGUGCAUCCGCGUGGAGGCCGGCGGUGGACCUCAGCCCAACGGACACAUCGUAGACACCACAGGUUUCGACGGCGCAGUAGUGUGUACAGAUUGUAUGGAGAACGGCAGCAGCUACUCCAAAGACUCCGACUACCUGACACAUGGGUUUGGCAACGCUGGAGGCACGGAGUACCAACAACACUCGGUUCCUCCGCCCUACUCUCAUUGUCAUACAGGGGAGCUGCACGACGCAGGGCCACACUCACCUCCGCUCUGCAACGGGACACCCAAUGGGAUUCGAAAGGACAUGCAAGGAUCCACAUUUCCCAAAAACCACAAUACGUUCCAGCUGAGCCAACAUGACAGAAAGGCAGGUAGACAAACGCCGGCACGCUCCCCAUCACAGGAGGACUCCUUCCACAAACCCGUGAAGCUGGCUGGCGUCACAAGCCACGGCCGACUCGACAAUGACUGUGAGCCUGAGCUCAGACAAACUCUGCUGUCCAAUGGACACACCCUUAGAGCCUCUCAAAAUGAGAGCACCCCCCUAAGGAGAGCCAGCGACUAGCAGGCACCCAAAAGUGGACUCGCAGUAGCUGAGUGGACUUUUAAAGUUUUUUUGCACUGGGAAAUAAACUGCUACCUCAUAUCGAGGCGAUGGAUCCUGAGCCUCCUGGAUCUGGACUGAAAGGGAGCACCAGGAAGGUACAAGGCAGGGGGCAUCCGGAGUUUGAAGGUGGAGCUUGUGUGGGUGGCGUCCCAUCUGAGCGUUAUCAGCUGUACAUAGUUAAAAACCUUCGUUUGGGAGGUGACCAAUAAAAAUUCUAGCUCCAAAAAAUGUGACUUGCAUUUGAAGCAUGUAAAUGUAGGGAAUCUUGUACAGUAUAUUGUAUGUGCAGGGGAAAAAGAGAAAUAUACCUUUGGACAUUUGACUGUACAUAAGAGUUUUCUUAUAUUAUAUAUUAUAUAACUUUUACAAAAGAGUAUUUGAAUUUAUGUGCAUGACAAAGAAAGGAGUGAUGGUAUUUUUAUUUUUCUUCAAAAAGCAAAAACAAAACAAAAAAACAGCCUUUUUCAGCAUUUACCAACAUUCAGCUGCGGUGCCUUAAUGCAUGAUCAAAGAGAACUCAACUUGUAAUAGCAUUUAUCAAGAGACUUUUUGUGAGAUCCUGGUACACUCUUUAUAGCAAACAAAACAAACACUUGAUUGCACUUGAAUGUUUUUUUUGACAAACCAUGGCCUUACAGAAACACAGUUCACAUUCAUUGUUAUUGUAUGAAGGAAGAGCUUCGAUGUAAUGAUUUUGGUACGUCAGAUGGUUCAGGCUGGGAUAUUUGUGGGUGGUCCAUUAAAGCACUUUUAUAUUCACAUCACAGAGAAGCAGAUAGUGUACAUGGUAUCUGCCGACAGGAAUGCAGGAAUCUCCUCUGUUUGAGGAGACGUUCCACCUUCUUUAACACGGUAAAAUUGACAGUACAUACUGUACCAUCAAGGCUCUUCCACCUGUUUCACAACACAAGUUACUGCAAAGCUGCUCUGAUGUAAUUGGGAGAAAACAGUCUUCUCUGUACUCUAAUUAGUUUCUUUAUUUGUCCAAGAAAGUGACUUUGGCACAUGUUCGCAACCGAAUGUGGUUAAAUUGAGGCGUACAGCUGCUUUUAUACGCUGUUAAAACCAGUAAUGAUCUCUCAGUAUGGACAGCCUGCCAUGUGCUCUUGGUCACAUCCAUUAUGAAAUCUAAAGCGAAGUGCACACUAGCACUGACCUUAAAUUGGCUGAAUGCUUAAUUGUAACAUUCUUAUGCUAUGAAUUCAAAAAAAGGUUGAGAAUCAGGGAGAAUGGUGUUUUAUUGUGUUACUGCUGUAAUGUGCCUCAGCAUCCACCGUCGUGCAUUCGCAGGCUAAUGGCCAGUAUUCUGCGUCCGUCACAUCCCCACAGUGUAACAAUAACGUUCUUAUCGACGCUACAGUUGAAUAAUGUUUGAGGUUAUAUAAAAAAAAAGGUUCAUGCUGUGAACAGUUGGAAGCUAGUGAAAUAACCAAACUUGGAGGAUUAAUGCAGUCAGAUGCUCCCCGGACUGUCACAAUCCCUGGAUACACUGGGUCACAAUUCACGAGAGUAGUUACAUUGCCUAAUGUACGCACGGCCUCAUCUGAACUGCGUUCUGUUACCAGUGGCCUUAUCGGGUAAGCUGGAGGACACGCUCCUCUGGUUACACCUGAUAGCACCUAUCAAAGAUGAUUUUACCAGCAAGACCAAUCAGAGAUCUCGGCUGGAAAACCAAUCCCAGUGUAGCAGGUAAAAGGGACAAGAAGGAGAGACGUGCAGUUCAAUGUUCUUCUGAGUAAUUUAUUGAAACAAACUGUCCGAAACCGUUGUACCAAUGUCAAAGCUGAAACCGUGAAGUGUCUAACAUGGCAUUGAAGUGUCUAAUAAAAUCACAUUUUGCUAUUA